UUUCGCUCGGGCGGCUGUUUCUCUGCCGCCGGUGUGCCGGGGACGACGCGAAGAGCUCUACGACGCCGAUCACGCGCCGUCGAGCCGACCUCGAAGACAGGCAUACUCGCUGCCAUGUGGCCGCCCGGGUUGCCGCUGCGGCCCAGCUGCUCGUAGCAGGCGCAGCACUUCUCCGUAGUCAUGAGUGUGGAGACCCAGGCGCUGCCACCGCUCGGCCGCCAUGCAGCUGUGGAUACAUCCGCCCACAAGGUCCGAGGGCUGUAAGGACGGCCCUUGUGACGCUGCUCUUGGGAAGACCGUUGUGAUCCGUGACGAACGCACAGCUGCUUCGGCGCCCCUCAAGCCUCUACGAGAACGCGAAGUCCUUAUGGCAGCUACCCUUUGUAUUAUCUUGGAUUUGACAGAGGCGAGCAGCAUGGAGCAGCCUCCCAUGCUGUCCCCGGCCGCUGAUGAGCCGUGCAAGCAGCAACAGCAGCAGCAGACCGAGAUGCAGCAAGCGCCCCCGCCGGUCCCACCUGUCCAGCAGCAGCGGCGGCCGUCUUCGCAGCCGUCAAACGGCCAGGCGAACGGCAAUGGCGACAUGUGUCGCAUCUGUCACUGCGAGGCGGAUCCGGACAACCCACUCAUCUCGCCCUGCUACUGCUCGGGCAGCCUGCGCUACGUGCACCAGGCUUGCCUCCAGCAGUGGAUCAAGUCGUCGGACACCCGGUGCUGCGAGUUGUGCAAGUUCGACUUCAUCAUGCACACAAAGAUUAAGCCUUUCCGUAAGUGGGAAAAGCUGGAGAUGUCCUCGGUGGAGCAACGCAAGGUGCUGUGCUCCAUCACGUUCCACGUUGUGGCCAUCACAUGCGUGGUUUGGUCGCUGUACGUGCUCAUCGACCGGACGGCUGAGGAGAUGCGCGAGGGCAACCUGGACUGGCCCUUCUGGACCAAGCUCAUCGUGGUCGCCAUCGGUUUCACCGGGGGCCUCGUCUUCAUGUACGUCCAGUGCAAGAUGUACGUGCAGCUAUUCCGCCGCUGGAGGGCCUUCAACAGGGUCAUCUACGUCCAAGACGCGCCCGUGCCGGACAAGGGUGCCGCGCUGCCCACGGCCGCCGACCUGUCGCCGCCGGUCACGGUCCAGGGCACAACAUCCUCCAAGCGGCCGCCGCCCGCCAACGCCUGUGCGCCGCUUCACGACGGCCCCACCGAGAUCACCGUGGCCAAGGACUCCAGCCCUGACACGCCCGGGCCUGACGAGCCCCGCGCUGCCAGUUGAGCGCUGCUCGCCGCCGGUCUCCUUGUGAUAAACACUCUGGCGCCUUGCGCUCCGUGUACAUAGCAGUGUGCGUGUGUGUGUGUAUAGGUCACGGCGGUGCACCCCUCCCGCCUGGGACAAACAACGGGCGGUGUGACUGCGCAGUUGUAUCGGUGCUCGUUCAGAUGUGGCCACCGUCGAGGCCGCGAUCAUGUAACUUUCGGUUCGUGUGCACUCCUCGUUUUUGUUGUAGCUGGUUGUUCGCUUCUAUUUCUGACGCUGGUGCAUCUGCUUAGAUUUUGCAUUUUGGCAUGUCUUCAGCGAACUUCUGCACUUGCCCCACUUCCAUGUCAGCUAGUCUUGGGCCAUACUCCGCUGCAGAAAUUCUCAGCCGCGUAGCAAAUUAAUAGGCUAGGGAAACAAAAAGAAAUCCUAUAGUUUUGCGAUGGAUAUUUCUUUUCGUGUGAACUGUCUGCGCUAAGGCAAGGUGUGAGCCAUAACUGGUGCUUUCAACAACUAGGUACGUACAAGCCUGCUUGGUUUCAGGCGUCACUUCUUUGGACUGGCUGUCAACCUUUUGACAUGUCUCCAGUGACAAGAAAACUACUUCAUAGUUUUUUUUUCAUCGACUAAUGUCUACAGGUUUUUUCCUGGUUACUUGAUUGCAGUGGAAAAGCAAGCAUGGUGAAGCUAACGUUACAGUUGUUCGGAGUCAGCCGCGAUAGGCAAAGGCCUGUUCUUGUUUUCCGAGGGUAGGGACAGCUGUCGCCGACUUGGUAUUACUGUCACUGCAUGUCUUCUUUACUUGUCGUGUUGUUGCACAUAGCUCUGAAUAUAGGUGCUAUGAGCUUCCAAAGUUAUUUCAAUUAGUACAGUUCAUAAUGGAUAUCGUCGCACUAGUUCGGGCCUGCGAGCUUUUUUUUUUUCCUUUUUUUUUUUGGUACAGUCGAAUGUAUUCAUCAAGCUGCAAAAAACGAGGUGUUUUUUUUUUGUUUUUUGUUUUUUGUUUUUUGCCCAUGGCUACAACUCUGAUCUGACUGCGACUGCCUCAUUUUCUCUUUCUUUGCCCGAGUUCUACGGAUAGGUUCUUCUUAAUUUAAAAUAAUUGACGGCAUACAACACAAGCAAGCAAUUGAAGUGCAAAGAAGCAUCCGCACAUAACUUGAAGAUAUGCCACAAGGGUGCCAAGCGCUGUUGGAAAGCAUAGGGCGUUGCAUAUUCCCACCCAUUUCCACCACACUUAUUUUUUGCUAUGAAAUGUGUUCAAUUUUCAGUUCCUGCUCGCUUCGACAGCGCCUGACCUACGUUCCGGUCGCCGCAAUGUCCUCCAGUCUUUCUUAAAAGCGCAUUUCGUCCUCUCUAGAGCGGCUCAGUCAGAGAGAGUACCUUCAUCUCAUAAUGCAAUCAGAGGCUGACGCCUCAUAAUCAAUUCACUAGAGCCAAUUUCUUCCCAGCUUACCGUCGCACACGUAUGCUUCUUUCCUAAUUUUUCGGGGUAUGUGUAAUUCUGAGCUUUCAUACAAGAGAGAGUAGCCGUCGAGCACUGCGAGUGCGCAGAAACGGAGGUCGUGUCUGAGAUGGUGUGUCUUGCUAACCUGGAAACAACCGAAUGAGCGUUCACACAGCCUUGUGCCGUGUCCUGCUCUUGUUUUCUUCGCUGCGCGCUUUCGGGCUGUUUCCAGAUUUGCAAGUGAGCGCACGGGUUUUCUGGCGUGUUAGUUGGAUGCUACCGCAGUGGUCAGGAAACUCGCUCGCGCUUAUGCCAUCACACAUUGCGUGCUUAGCAGCGCACUGUUCUGCAAGGGCCAUUAGGGCGAUAUUCUAUGUGACGAAACUUUCGCGCAAAGAGGCGUAAAAAUAUGCGAAAAAAUAAGACUGGAAUGGUAGACACAGCGCGUGCAUAGGCAUAGCGAGAUUUCCACAUAGCAGUCCUAAUAUUAUUGCAUGAUGAGUGAAAUUUCUGCACGUGGCGACAAGAGGUGAACUGCGGCGUACCAGUGGUGCCGAGUGGAAACUUACAACAGUGUGGGUGGGGUGCGGGCUUUAUUGCGCUACAUUGGCGCACACUGUGAACUAUACCACAACUCUGUACUUGGGCGGGGUAUGGAUGAUCGAACAGCGUGGCUGAAGUGCCAACAGGGCUCAAGUCAAAUGAUAUCACUUUACCGCGCUUUUACAGUUUGCAUAUAUGCAAGCUGACUCCAGCGACGUGUAAAGUGAGCACCAUAGUGUGCAGUUGCGGGUUUUAUCCCUUCGUUACCGUUAUUUAUGGGUCUCGCUCUACCUGGAGUAUUGUGUGAACGCAAAGGGAAAACGUAGUGUGCAUUUCUUCUGUUUUUCAAGUAAGAAAAAGAAAAAAGAAAAUACGGCCUUUUGAGUUUCUCACAGCGCAUCCUGUCAGACUGUUAUACUUCGUUCCACAAAGCGAUCGCUUCCAGGUGAGGAUGGUUGGGCGUAUGCCAUCGAGGAUUCAAGUAAAAUACCAGUCUUACAAUUGUGCCAUUGGAAUUUAGACCAAGUACAACUGUUGUCACUCUCCAUAACUUGUAAGAUACCUGUGGAAGUGUUACUGAUAUCGGUGUUUCUCUCCUUUUCUGUUACACAGCUGCCUUUCUGCGUUUGUUCAGACGAUAACGCAGACCUCUCGCCAUUGGAAACGGCCGCGCCUUAGCUGCCCGAGAAGUGUGCUAAUUCAUAAAACUAGAAUUAUGGAACGUUCAGUUGUCAACCAUUCUAUAAAGUGUGUGCAAUUUAGUUACUUCCCCUUAUUACUAACAUAGGUGAUAUUCAGCGAAACAAUGUUUACCGUUGCAGAAGACCUCUCCAGCAAGGUGUGCAUUUUUAACACAAGAAUGAGUAAGUUAUAGGCCGAAGUACAGUUGCCAAAUAGUUACAGCGAAAACAAAUUUAAGCAACACAGGCAUCAUGCAAAUGUAACAUAAGCAGUUGUGGUGUCCAUCGCCAUGGUUUCUAGAGUCCAUCUAAGGUAUUAAAAGCGGAGAGUGUUAGGCCUUUUCGUAUGUAUACAAGCAAGGUUCAUCGCAACGUGAUAGAGACCAUGUUCGCCUCUUAAUGGGCUGCGUAGCCUCUUAGAAAGCAAUCAAUCGCACGCCGCAGUCUUUCGCUUUCCCAGCCUGCUCCAAGCGAAGUUAUACAGUAAGGCGUGUUCAAAAUUAUUCGCAAUGGCUAAGGAUUCUAAAUCUGCGUAGCAUUUGAAACAAAGUGCAUGGGUAAAUAAGCAGCUUACCCUUAGUUUCUGUAGGGAUUAUUAUUAAAUGUCACCUUUGUCUCCACGAUAAGCUUCUUUCUCAUAAAACGCCAGAGAGCAAUUCAUACUUUUUCUCCGUUCCGAACAGGGUUGCGAUGUACUAAUGUCCGCUGCGUAAAAAUAUUUGGGCGGAGGCUAUUGUAUAGACGUGGCCUGUGAACUGACAUUCCACGGCACGUCCAAGUAGAGCCACAGCCAAGUGCAGUAGGCGCAUUUAGGAAGGAAACAAGAACGGCAAUUACGGAAAGAGGCUAGUGGCGAUAGCCAAGAACAAGCAGGGUUUAUAAAGCACGUUUGGCGUUCAGCAUAUUCGUGCUGCUUGAGCACGCAGUAUACUCUCUAUUCGCAAAUCCGUACUGUCUCGCUCGUAAAAUCGGUGCACACCGCUGUCAAAUAAUCGCUGUAUUUCUAUUAGCACAUGCCGUUAUUUCUCCCGUACUCUGGUCAAGUGAAACGUUAACAGCGAUACAAACGGUACACGUUGCGCUGUUUAGGUGGCCGUGGAGAGUAACCAGCCAGUCAUCAAAUGCGUGUGCUCAUGUUUCGUUUUAUUGUUGCUUGUUGCUACACGCGCAUCUGAGAGGAAAGUAUAUUCUCGUUGGUGUCGUAUUUUUCCACUGCUGUACACCACCACCACCACCUUUGUUUAAUAUGGGAAGUAUACGCGUCACCAUUGAACUUCACUUGUAGGUCCGUGCGUGCAGCACAAAGAACACGCACUGCAGUGUGAGAAGGCAACGUGUUUAACCCUCAGUCGUAACACUUUUGUUUUCUUAUUUUUUCUCAUCGGUUGCAACGGGCCCAACUUCCACAGCGCUCUGAAGUCCUGCCUUUGAACGUCACUUCCGGGCCUGGAUGUUAGUAUUGUGCCUGCGUGUUUAUCAGGAGCUUUUAUGCCCGUGGCAACCCUUUGGCGUUUCUCUUGCCUGUACGUGGAGCUGUGUGCGAAGAGCGCCCUCUACUAUGUCUGGUGUGCCGGGACUAUAGGAAAUUGGCCUUACUGUGCCGUAAACGGCCACUGCUUGAUAGUGUGUGUGCCGAACAUCGUUUGUGCCAAAUGUGAGAUGACUUUCCUGUUUGUUCGUGAGAGUUAGUUAUCGGUAACUUUCGCCAGCGCUUCAGUAAGUGCGCAGGCUACAAAGCAGAGGCCACGUGCGGCUGAUUGCCUGGCUCUUGUGACGAGCCUGCACUUUUUUUAAUCACAGGUAGCGACUGAAAAGGCUCACUGCUUUACUGUAGAGGACGCCUUUUCCUUUUCUUUAUUUUUCUUCAGGUACGAGUGGACCUUUCAGCUCUUACUGUACGUGUAUACAUGUGGACGCGCAGGACAGUUUCUGUAAAUAAAUGGUGUCAACGUUUCUUAUUCUGAGAGAUAGAAGCGCGCACGGCGCACACGCACAGCACACAUUCACACGCGCGCCAGCCCACGGAACAUGCAGCGAGUCUCGUCGCCGGGGUCGCACGUUCACACCGGCGAGUCGCGGACGUUGCGCGACCGUUUUCAAAGCGACGGCCGCGAAUAGUCGCUCUGGUCGAAAGGCGGUCUGUUUUGGGGUAGUCGCUAGCUGCUCGGUUUUUCCGUCAUGCGACUGGAAUAGUAAAGAUGUUGAGCCAAUAAGCGCACGGCGCAUCGGGACGUCGUAUAAUGAGGACAGUUAUUUUACAUGCUACCUCUUGCGAACGGAUGUGCGUUGUGCACCGCUACAACCACGUUUUCUUCGCCACAGACCGCGCAGCCGGAGCUGAGACCAUCGCGGCAGAUUCGCGCUUGGUUGUAACAAGAUUGUCAUCAAAAUGCGCGAGCCGAGAAUAAAUAAGUGAAAAGCAGCACGAGGCAGGCAUACGCGUGAUAGCAGACGCUGGCUCGCGUUUGACUUAAAUCGUAUUGUACUGAAAUGUAUAAAUUAUUGGUAAACGGGACGCAAGCAGAGAGUCUCUGUUGGUGUCCUCUCUUUGUUCUUUUUCAUCAGGAGGACGCAAACUCUUUCGGUGCGAAAGCAGGCGUCAAAUGGGGUAGGAGUGUUUCCAGCAGCUAGCGCUUGCCGGUGUGAGCAUUUCUCGCCACAAAUAAAGUCCCUAUAUAAGCUAUUCGGGGGGGAUCAUCGAGAUAAUUCACUAUCGGGACUAAAGCCAAAGCAACGCAUCCAGGGACUUUAGCCGCGAGUCGCUCCUUGCUCGCCAGUGCGCAUACACCUUUAGGCAGUAGCCGUGCCACCGCGUGCACGCGCUCCACAAGCGCUCGCUGCUUGCGUUUCGCAGCUUGCGUUUCUCCUGGCCUCGGGAACCCCUUGGCGCCUCGCUUCGUUUGAUUUGCUGCAGCUUUCGCAAAUCUGCCGUGUGUAUCGCCCUCUAUUGCCCACCUCCCCCGGCUGCCGAGCCACCUUCUGUUUCUGCUUUCCGCAGUUUUAUGCCCAAAUAAGCAUAUUUAUUUGCCAGUAUUUUUUGGCUUUUUCCAAUGACCGUACACUAAAAGGAGCAGAUUUGCGACGUGCGCAAGUGCCAUUCUCACAUGCUGGUCGCAUCCAGGAAUGAACGAGAAUUUCUGGACGUUUGUUAUUGUUGGCUCCGUUUUGAAAAGCGAACAAGUGCCUUUUUGGUUCGUUUUUGGACUGUUGUUAUGUUUCUGGAGUGGCAAACACGUUGCACACCUGUACGCAAACAGAAAUACACAGCUGUGUUGAGGGCGUUCGGGCUUGGAACACUCGUUUGAGAAAUAGAUUCAAAUUAAAUUCAGUUUAAAAGCCUGG